UUAAACCCUGAUGGGUGAGGCCGCCACUCCCUCCUCUCCCCUUAAACCCUACCUCAAAAGAGCGGAAGCUCGAAAGGAGAAGAAGAAAGAUGUCGUCUACCAUCGCCUCCUCUCUCCUUCGCCGCACCCUCCGCCUCUCUCGAUCCUCCUCUCUCUUCUGCCGCUAUCGCCAGCCGCAGUUCUACUCCUCUCUCGCUUCCUCUCGCUCCUCCUCCUCCCCUUUGAUCCGAAGGGCGAUUCCCCAAAGCCUCAGGAAACCCCCUUCUCUCCUCUCCUUUCGGUUCGCCUCCUCCAAGGUGUCGGCGGAUGAGAAUCUCAAACGAAUCCUCGAUUCCGAGAUUGAUUGCGUCCUGCAAUCGGACACUCACGGACAGGAAGUUGAAUUGCCAGAUGGGUUUCCCUUUGAGAUCAUCGACAAUCCUGGCGACCAGACAGUCGUCCUUAAACGAGAAUUUGCAGGUGAGAACAUCCAAGUCACUGUUUUCAUGAAUUUUGAUUCAGAGGGAGAUUUGGGUGAGAAUGAUGAAGAUGGGGCUGAGGAUGACAACAAUGAGAGCUCUUUCCAGCCAAUCAUCUCUCUGGUUGUAUCUAUUGAAAAAGGAGAGGGCCCUAUCUUGGAAUUCUCCUGCAAUCUUAAUGCUGAUGGGCUUGAAAUAGAAAGCAUGGCCAUGAAGAAGCAUGAUGCUCCUGAUGAUCAGGGUGCUUAUCAAGGGCCGGAGUUUUCGGAUUUGGACGAGAACUUGCAGAAGGCCUUGCACAAGUACCUCGAAGUGAGAGGUAUUAAGGGCUCCCUGUUUGACUUCUUGCAUGAGUACAUGAUGAACAAGGAUGAGAAGGAGUACUUAGCAUGGUUGAAGAACUUGAAGGAAUUCGUUGGGAAGUGAAUACUUCAUCAAGUUUGAGUUUAGAUGUCUUUAGGGAGAGUUUUGAUAUAUACGUCUCCAAGGAUGUGUGAUUUUUAAACUGUCUUGGAAAAUUGUACUUUAAUGAGAAAGGUGCUUCUUAUCAGGGUGUAACUUCAAAUAAGUUGCAAACUAUCAUCUUAAUUUAUCAUGAUUUAUCAAGACAUUGAUUGUUGGC